GCCCAUAAGCUGGUGCUGUCUGUGAACAGCAAAUGGCGUCAACUGCUGCGCGGCCAGAGCUCUGUGGACAUGGAGGACACGCCACUCGUGGCGUUCAAAGAGGUGUUGCGCUAUCUAUACAACGGACGCCUCGAUCUCGACGACUACGAACCCGCGGCGCUGUCGGAGAUCCGCCAAUUGGCCGAACGCUUCGACCUCUGGGACCUCUGCCGACCCAUCGAGGACUUGGAGGACGUGAAGAUCAACGCCGAGAACUGUCUUCAGGUGUACAGCGAGACGACAGUGACGUCACCCACUGGUCAACAGUGUUUGGCUUACAUCGGGCGCAACGCUCAGGACGUGCUCUACGGCGACGACUUCUUCGACUUGGAUGUCGACCACGCGGUCGCCGUCUUCGAGCGCAACGACCUCUCCGUCACCGAACAGACUGUCUUCGAGGCCGUCCGCCGAUACGUGACCGGUGAGGGAAAGGGCGACAAGAAGCGAGUGGUAAGCGCUGUUCGCCUAUCGCUACUCCCAUUCGACUACUUGUGGACGACUGUCCGUAAGUUCGCCGAAGAGACCAAACUGUUGUCC